GAAACCCGCCGCUCAUCCACUCUCUCUCUCUAUAAAACCCCAACCACUUCCUCCUCCCCUCCUUUCCUGUCUCUCUCUCUCUCUCUCUCCUCUCUCACCUCUCCUCCUUCUCCUCUCUCUCUCUCUCUCUCCUACCUCCGCCUCUCACCGGCAGCGAAGCCAUCUAAUCAUCCUCUAUACGCCUCAGAUCCGCCUGUAUCUCAGAUUCCGGCCACCGUCCCUCUCGAUCCAUUCUCUCUCUCUCUCUCUUACAUUUUUUUAAUUUUUCUUUCAAACAUUAAAAAUGUUUCCUGUCAUUUUACCCUUUUACCCUCAACCCUCAGCGUUAUUCACAAGUUAAACCCAUUCCUUUCAACCCAUCCAACUGUUUCUACGUACUUUUUUUCUCUCUCGUACCAUAUGGAAAACUGAUUUGACGGUCUUGCCCCUACUCCCCCUCUUUGAACCUCCAUACGUUUCUGUUUUCUUUAAUCUUUUUCUCCUCUAUUCAAAUGAUUGACGGUUUUGCCCUUACUUUGUCUCCUUGAAACUCCAAAAAUAGAUUUGACGUUUCUAGCUGACGUGGCAAGUGCAAGAUCAGAAACGGACGGCCACGAUGAGCCACCACCACCCCCGGCGGAUCCUGACGCCGUCGGCGUCCAGAAAGCGAAAAGAGAUGGAGGCUCUCUACCCGAGGAAACCCCCGGCCCCACCUUUCGCGGCGGCUACAACCACGGCGCCGUUCAAGGCUCCGGCAGAGCCGGUGGCUGCUCCCUCCAAUCGGCUCCUGGCCGGCUACAUGGCCCACGAGUUCCUGACGAAAGGCACGCUGCUGGGCCAGAAAUGGGAUCCGGCUCGGGCCGAAGCCGUGCCGGUGUCGAACGGCUCGGGCGAGCCGAAGCGGCCGAAGCCGGCUGCGGAAGCCGAGCCGAGCCGGACGGGUAAGCCGAAGCAGCAGCAGCGAGAGAAGCACGACGAUGGUGACGACGCGACGUACGCUGAGGUGGCGAGGUUGUUGAAGGAGGAUGGGGCCCACGUGGCCGGGAUUGUUAACCCCACGCAGCUCGCCCGGUGGAUUCAGAUGUGACGUGGGGAGGGGAAAAAAGAAGAAGGUGGUGACAACGUGUCGGGCAUUGAUUGGAAGGCGUUGGGUGGUCCACCUGAGAUAAGCAUGGACCGACCUUAGCGCAUGAGUGUCUCCUCGUCCUUCACUGGUGGUGAGUCGGUCCAUACCGUAUAAACCACGAGCGCCUCUCUCUCUCUCUCUCUCUCUCUCUCUAAAAGUCUGUGUAUAAAAAUACCUGCUCACCCUCUGUAGCGCUUAAAGAGCAGAAUGUUGUUGGAAUCCGUCAAAUUCUCAUCUUGUUAAUACGUCU